CUAGGUACCCCGGAUCUAAAAGACGCAAUUGAACAGUAUCACAAUCUCGAUCCUAGGAUUAUAUUACUAGUGCUAGCCUAUCAACGUCUUAGGAAGAAUAGAUAUAGAAAGGGACGGAAGACCGUACCGAAGACUCGCUUAAAAUAUUUGCCCUUCUUACCUAGGAAAUAUAGAGCCUUAGCUAAGAACAAUAUACUAAGGAACUAUACGUACCGUAUACAUUUUGAUUCGAAAAUAGUACCUCUCCCCCGGAGGCUUCUUAUAUUCUUCGCCGACCCUUAUAAGCAAUUUGAUAUAAUAUACCGAUCUAUUUACCGUAGCUAUACGAAAAUAUAUAUACCGGAUACGCUAGUAAACUUCGAGGGAAGCUUAAGGAAAUUAUUAGGGUUAUUAGAACGGGACGUGAUUAGAGGCGACGUAGUCUUAUUUACCUAG